AUGGAUUCGGAGGAGGAAUACAUGUCUGGCAUGUCCACGGACGCCGAGGGCAUGCAGGAGUACAGCGGAGAUGAGAUGUCUGCUGCCGAAGAGUCUCACAAGUAUCCCGCUGCUCCAGAUUUCGAAGAUGAUUUCGACGAACCUGACCCCGACUUUGGAAUAUCCUCCAAGGACAUCGGCAAGACCAAACAGCCGGCUCACAUCGUUUCGUUCAAAGUCCUCCAGCCUUCCGACAUCCAACACCAACAAGACGCAAUGAUCAAUGAGGUGAAUAUGAUCUUGGACAUGCGCAAGGAGGACGCCGCCAUUAUGCUGCGAUAUUUCCGAUGGAACAAGGAACGCUUGCUCGAAGACUACAUGGACCGACCUGACAAGGUCCUUGAAGCUGCGGGCCUAAGUAGCAAUACAGCUGCCUUGCCAAAGCUGGAGGCGGUUCCUGGCUUUAUGUGUGACAUUUGCUGUGAAGACGAGGACGGCAUGCAGACGUUUGCAUUGAGGUGCGGACACAGGUACUGCGUCGAUUGUUACCGACAGUACUUGACCCAGAAAAUCAAGGGCGAAGGCGAAGCAGCCCGCAUCCAGUGUCCUGCCGACGGCUGUGGCCGCAUUCUCGACUCUCGAUCGUUGGACCUGCUCGUCACGCCCGAGCUGACCGGCCGCUAUCGUGAAUUACUAAACCGGACCUACGUCGAGGACAAGGACAUUUUCAAAUGGUGCCCAGCUCCCGACUGCCCAAACGUUGUCGAGUGCGGCCUCAAGAAGAAGGAUCUGGAAAAGAUCGUUCCGUCUGUGGAGUGCCUGUGCGGGUACAGAUUCUGCUUCGGAUGUCCAAUUGCCGAUCACCAGCCCGCGCCUUGCGAGCUCGUCAAGAGGUGGUUGAAGAAAUGUGCCGACGACUCAGAAACCGCAAACUGGAUCUCGGCAAACACAAAGGAGUGUCCCAAAUGCUGCUCAACAAUCGAAAAGAACGGCGGAUGCAAUCACAUGACGUGCAGGAAAUGCAAGUACGAAUUUUGCUGGAUGUGCAUGGGUCUCUGGUCAGAGCACGGCACCAGCUGGUACAAUUGCAACCGAUACGAAGAGAAGAGCGGUUCCGAGGCACGAGAUGCACAGGCCAAGUCAAGGACAUCGUUGGAGCGCUACUUGCACUACUACAACCGUUAUGCCAACCACGAGCAGUCUGCAAGGCUGGACAAGGACAUUGCGCAAAAGACGGAGAAGAAGAUGAUACAGCUGCAGACGACCUCGGGCAUGUCGUGGAUCGAAGUGCAGUACCUUCAUUCGGCCUCUCAAGCUCUCCAGACUUGCCGACAGACGCUUAAGUGGACGUAUGCCUUUGCCUUCUACCUGGCCAGAAACAACCUGACGGAAAUCUUCGAGGACAACCAGAAGGACUUGGAAAUGGCGGUGGAAAACUUGUCCGAGAUGUUUGAGAAGCCCAUUGGGGAGCUGUCCGAUCCCAAGCUGAAGGUGGACAUUAUGGACAAGACGUCGUACUGCAACAAGCGCCGUGUCAUUUUGCUCGAGGACACGGCCGAGAACCUUGCAAAGUCAAAAUGGACCUUCAACGCGGACCUCGUCGCCCCUCCUGUCGUAAACACCCGCCGCUAA